UGUGCGAUAGUUCACUAUCGGACGCUGCUCCAAUGCCCUGGAUCACAGCGUCUGUCUCCUCGCAGGACCCGUCGGCUCUACCCACAGUUCCCCGCGCUCAGACAAGAUGGAGGAACGCAGCAGCUGCAGGAGAACAAUGUUUGGACUCUGAACAUUAAAAUAAACGAUCGAGGGGGGAAAAUACACACACAGAGAGAGUCAACGGUGGACAUGCACUGGAUGAGUGAGGUGGCCUUGCAUUGAAGCAGACCCCGUCGCCCCUGUUCCAGCAUCAGCGUCAGUGUGAUAACACUCUGAGCCCUGCCCCUUCAACAUGAGCCUGAUCCAGGACAAACUUGGCAAUGAGUUCCUCCGCUCUAACGGGGGCAUGGAGCCAGGCUUUGGUCCAGGCAUGCUCAUGUUCAGUCACCUGCCCCCUGUUACUAGCUUCACCCGGCUGGCCAGUCAAACCGUUAUGGCUGACCUGCAGCCCCACGAGAUGAUCUUGAAGAAGGAGAGGGACUCGCCGGACUGUGGAGGAGGAGGGAUGAGUGCUGGAGGCAUGGGUGGUGGAGGUGGCAUAGGAGGGAUGAUGGGAAGCAUGGGAGAUUACGUUCAUGCCAUGGGCAUUAAACAGGAGAAGGUCUCUGAACAUGAUUACAGGCUGCCUCUCUACCCGGGUGGUGGAGCUGGAACUGGAGUACGAUGUGGAGGAGAGUUGCUGGAGGUCUCGCUGGGCAACCAUCAGAACCUGGUGGUGCACGACCUCAGUCUGGGAAACCUGUCAGGACGGCUGGUAAAGGAAUCCUCAGGGAGGAAAGGUCGAAGGUCAAACGGCGAGGGACAGGAGGGCAAGACACGGAGGAAACGAGGAGAGUCGAAGUCAAUGAUGCUGGAUCCAGAUGGAGGGAGCUUGUCUCCAAACUCCAAACCGCACAUCUGUGAGCACUGCAAUGCAGCGUUCCGGAGCUCCUAUCAUUUACGCCGACAUGUGCUUAUACACACAGGUGAGAGGCCUUUCCGCUGCACUCAGUGUAACAUGAGCUUCAUUCAGAAAUACCUCUUACAGAGACACGAGAAGAUCCACAGUGGAGAGAAGCCAUUCAGCUGUGACCAGUGCAACAUGCGUUUUAUUCAGAAGUAUAACAUGGAAAGACACAAGAGAACUCAUAGUGGAGAAAAGCCAUAUAAGUGUGACACCUGCCAACAGUAUUUUUCCAGAACGGACCGGUUGCUGAAGCACAAGCGGACGUGUGGAGAUGCCAUUAAAAUGGGUGUGGAUGGAGCAGAGCACGAGUUGGGCUCAGCAGGCGACGGAGAACACGGCAGCUACGGAAUCUCUCAGGGAAAUGCAGCUAUGCCCAGCCGCAAACGGGGCAAGACAAAAAAUGCUGGUGAGGGGGUUGACCGAAAACGUAAAAAGUCAUCCGGGUCUAUGGGUGCGACGCAUAGUCAGGGGGCGGAUGGUUACGGGGUGCAUGACUUUGGGGUAUCAACAACUUCAUCUUCAGUCCAGCCAGGCCCCAGCAUGCACAGUGAACACAGCCGGGCUCCCAAGAUGGCCUUUAAGAAGGGGAACAGGAAGUCCCUAGAGAAGAAUACUCACCCCAUGGAUCAAUCCAAGCCAGGAGGCUUGGACAGCCUCGGUCUUCUUCCAGGUCCAGGGGCCAAAGUUUGUCCCAACAGCAGUAACUAUGAUGACGCCAUGCAGUUUCUGAAGAAGAGGCGAUACCUCCAUGUGCCGAACAAUGGGGGCGCUGCUUCUGGAGCUUCAGAUUACGACGUAGGCGUCAGUCACCUGCAGUCGCAUCCGACGGUCAUCCAGGGUGUAGUUUCUGGGGUCCUAGAUGGUGACGCCACAUUGGGCCUCCUGGACUCGUCCCCUCUGGGAGAUAUAAAGCAGGACAAGUCUGGUAUCCCAGAUGAGGUUCUCCAGAGUUUGUUGGAUCACUACGCUCACAAGCCUGACGUGACCUUCGACAUCACCGAUCCCCAUCACGUCGAGCUCCAGCCAGCCGCCACAGAUGCUGCAGACCCGCUGGGAACCGAGGGUGCCCCGUCGAGUCCCAAAGCCGUAAUCAUGCAUGAGUACUCACGUUUUCUCCUACAGGCACUAGAGAGGACCAGUCACAGCGCAAGCUUCCCGUUGGGUUCCAGUCCUGGUUCUGCCGUGACUACCACGGGACCAUUUACAGGCCCUAGCCCACUUUUGUCAGACAAGCAUGUGUAUACUUCCUCACCUCUCGAGUACUCGUUCUCUCAGCCUGUCUCAUCUUCGCCCUCCCUUUUGUCUGUGCCAAAGUCCCACUUUGGUCUCCUCGAGGGCUCGUCGCCUCCAACGGGCUUCCACUUGAGCGGCCUGGAGCCGUCUGUACACACGCAGCAGCUCACACCUUCCCAGGAGCUCACUGAACAGCUGGACAAGCAGCACACCUCCCCUCCGCCACCUCCACACACCCCCAACACCAACGCCUACCAGAUCACACCUCAGCCUCCCGACCUGGGUGGUCGGAAGGAACCGCAAGGGCUGAAAAACAGAGCCGCAGCCACCACUGGAGGAUUCUCCCUGGCUGCGUCCCAGGACCUGGCCACGCUGGACCCAGCCAAGGCUCCUUAUCAGAUCGAGAACUUUGCCCAGGCUUUCGGGGCGCAGUUUAAAGGGGGCAGAGUGUCCCUGGCCUUCAGCAGUGACUCGGGGGGAGAGGUGACUCACCGCUUACAGACAUCAGUCUCCGAAUUCUCAGGGUAUAGCAGUCUCUUGGCUGAUGCCAGCAACCCAGUCAGCAGUGGCUCCAAAACCCCAACAAGCCAAAGCUACAGGUGAAUGUGCUCCUGUGCCUAGAUGCUCAGAUGGAGGUUCCCUAUUUUUAUUUUGUCAUGCUGUCUUUAUUGUUGUUAUUAUUAUUAUUGUUGUUAUUAUUAAUAUUGUUAUUAUUGCUAUUUAGUUCUCCUACUUCAAUGAAAUUGUCAUGUUUUUAAGUAAUGUUUUUCCUCACUGCCAUUAUGUUCAUAUGAAAUUUCACCCUCCUUUGGCCUGCAAUGCAUUUCCCAUUAUUACGUUCUUCUUUUUUUCAAUUUCCUUCGGAAAUGCUGCGUAGACUUUUAGUUCUGCUCUGUUGAUCAAUAGACGAAAACGCAAGUGAAAUUAGUUCUGCUUACUUUUUUCCAAAUGUCAUUCACGUACAUUUUAGCAAUUGACUUCACAAGCGUGUAAAAAAUAACUAUGAAAAAGCAAUGGCAGGGAGUUGCCUAGAACUGAAAUCGUCUGUUACAAUGAUUCAAGUAUUACUCAGGAAAACGUGUGGACGGCAAAUCCAGAAGGGUAGCAAGCAUUCAUCCGAGAGGCAGACGUUUUGCAAAUACAAAGAGCUUUUUCAGGAGAUUUUUUUUUUUUAUUCUUCUGAAUAAGUGCAACAAGUAGAAGAUUAAAGCGCUGCCUGUUAAAUUACACUGACACCACUUUCCACUUAGCUGUAUAGAGAUUAUGGUACUUUUAUGUCAAUGUGAAAUGCUCACAUUCUCUUUCAGUAAGGGCCAUAUAUAUAAAUAUAUAUUUAUAAGAAUAUCUGUAUGUAAAAUAACAUAUACUCUUUCUUGAGACUGGCAGGUUACUUGGAGGGGGAUAAAGAGGGAUUGAGUUUGUGAAGGGGGGCCUGUGACUGACAGCACAUAAACCCCUUUCACCCUGUCCUUCUUUUUUCCCUUGGAUUGUGAAGCCAAGGGCUAUACACUAGAGGGCACUGCAUGAGAGCGUGUAAGUGCCUCUUGGCACAGGCCACAUCAUGGGAUUCUUCUGCGCCUGUCUGGCUUGCUCAUCCCUCUCUCCCUCCGUCCACUCCUCAUUUCCCUUCUUAGUCAGAAAGAAUCCCAUUUAGCACUUUUUUGAUCCUGUUUAUUUUACAUGGUGAAUGAAUCUACCCAGGCUGAUCACACAGAAUGUGAACUGUGUAACUGACAUGCUGUUUUUAAAAGAGGGCAGUGGACAGAAAAGGGGCGGGAUUCAUUUUAGGAAGCGUAGAUUGUUGAAAAGGCCAAUGAUAAGGUCUUUCUUAUGGAAAACGUUAGUUUCAAUGGGACGUGUUUGCUGGAAUUAAGGGUGGGCUUUUCUUGGGGUGGGAGCGUAGGGUGUCUUUUUUUUAUAUUUUAUUCCCAGCUUCUCAUGGAUGUAGGGCAGGUUAUAGAGGGGGAUUUUUCUUCUUCUUGUUGUUUUAUUUCAAAAGUAUUGGGUUGGGGAAAAUGUGCUUUCUGUUAAAAUGGCCCGUUGUACCAAGCUUUUCACCAGAGGCGACUUGUAAAAAGUCCCGCUCUUAGUAAUUUAUAUAGUAUUGGUCCUAAAUAUACUGACUGAACAGUCCAAAAGGAAUUCAGAAAACUUAUUGCAGUGUGCAUGCAGGGCAAAGUAUUACCUUGAACUACAUUUUUAUAUGUUUGAUUUUGUACUGUACAAGUAUUAUUGUAAUUUUUUUUUUUUUAACGAUCAAUAACUGUCUUCCAUCAGCACUGUUGGCUGCUGUUACACUGUCUUUGAAUUACUGUCAUCUAAUGUUGUUCCUCCUUUCAUGUGUUUUACCUACCGAUCCCCAAAAGGACAGAACCACAUGCAAGAUUGUUUGACAGGUGGACAGCCCUUAGGGAACACAAACUGACCACUAGGACUCAUUUAGGAAGGUUGGGGUACUCCGUUCACAAUAAUGUAGUAAUAAUAAUCACAUUAAUGAGGAGUGUGAUGACUAAAAUGAAAUCAACACAGCUGAUGUAUUUAUACCUCAUAUCACUGUUCACAGAAGCAGGGAUAUCAAAGAGUGACUGUAUGUAGCAUGACUGAUGUGGCUACCGUUAAAAAACGCCUCAAGUAGUCCCUUUUAAACUUGACUUUUUUUAUUGUAGGAUUUUCUGUUUUCUUUCCUUUUCAGAGACAAUUUUCUGAACUUCUGAAAGGUUCUUGAAGUUGGUCACUUUAGUAUUGUUUCAAUAACUAAGGUCAAGGAGAUCCAAAGAUGCUAUGAAUUGAAAUCUAAUUUUAUUCAGAUGCACAGGCUGUCAAUUCACUUUGCAUUUAUUUUUGUUUUAAAUUCAUCCUGUGCCCUGCAGUUUUGUCCUGUAAUUUGUUUUAUGAUUUGAUGUGAAGCACAGCUGAAAUAUAAUUUCUGGUUCAAUGUGUAAAGCCCCCGCAGACACUGUUAAGCCUUGAAUGAUAUCCUGUGUGGCUUGAAUAAUGCCAGCCAUCAGUCUGUCAGUGGUUGCCACCAUAAGGUUCUUUUUCUUUUUUUGGCUUCUUGCUGUAUAUUCCUGAAAGUAUUUAUUUUGUUUACAUAGUUAAUAACACUACUUUUUUUUUUUUUGCAUGUACAUUUUUAAUGUUAUCUUUCUUCCCCCUUUUUGUCACCAUGCCAAAUUUGUAGCUAAUGAUCUUUUUCUCUCCUGUCUUAUUUUAUUACAGAUUCUUGUGAUCUGAUACACAGGGCUAUACCUGUCCAUUUUGUCUUUA